AAACUGUUAAAAUUAAUGAAAUAGGCUUUUCACACUAAUUUGUUUGGCUGGAUUUUUUUUUGAAAAUAUAUUGGCACAAUUAUUUUUAAUUUUGAAAAAUUAAAUAAAAUGUGAUAACAGACUUUCUAGACAUUGUUGUUUUCCCGUAUCUUGCUUAGCAUUGUGUAUACCGGUGCUUUGAGCACCUUGGAGAUGGUUACUAUUUUGUUUCUAUUUAGUGCAUGUAUGUAUAUAAUAUCAGAUUGUAACACAAAUGGCGAAUUUUUCACUUUGACACACAGCAAUCGAUUACGUGGUACUGUUUUAAAAGAUGGAUCCACGUCAGCAAUUCAAUGCGCGUUAAGAUGUAACUUGGACAAAGCGUGCAAGGAAGGUGGAGUGGUUCACAUUAGCGAACGUGAAAAUAAAUGUAUGAUGAAAAAUGAAAAAGGAGGAAUGUUUUUUGAAGGCAAAAAUACCAUAGUGAUGACAAAAACUCAACUUAAGAAAGAUCACAUUUUAGUAUUAAGAAGAGUGAGUGAUUCUGUCUCUUUUGCAAGAACGUGGUUUGAAUACAAACAUGGAUUUGGAAAUGUCAAAGGAAAUUAUUGGAUUGGAAAUGAAAAACUACACGAAAUGUCACAACGAAAUGUAAAAUUAAGCAUUGAGUUCACACGUUUUAAUGGAGAAAAAUAUUACGCUGAAUACGACAGAUUCCAAGUGGAGAAUGAAGGGGAUCAAUAUAGACUUAACAUUGGCGAUUAGACAGGUAAAUAUAUUUUACUUAGUGGGCGGAAAUGGAUUAUUA